CACGUGGAAAAGCGCCCAUGCCACGCUGGAUAAAAAGGGUGUCCGGCCAACACCCUUUUCUGUCCGUUCCCCUCUCCGUCGCCAACCCAGUAACGGCCCGCUUGGCGUGCGUCGCCGUCCACCGCCGCGACCUCGAGGUGUAGGGCCGGGUUGCUGACCGCAUCGCCCGGCGUGUCGCUCGGCGUCGGUUCGGGCAGGCCGCGGCCGCGCGCGUGAUCGAUGGGGAAGAGACCGCCGACCGAUCCGAAGCGCUUCGGGGAUACGUCGAAUGCAGGUUCAUCGUCUGGAUGGACCGAUGAGAAGCACAUGCUCUACAUUACCUUUUUGGAGGAAUCAUUUGUUAACCAAUUGUACAGUAGUAAGGGGGAAAUGAAUUCGGCAGAAUCAUUCUAUGCAACUCCAGGUGCAUGGCAAAAAUCUUCUUAUAGUGGAAAUGGUAGAAACACAAAAUAUGAUGAGGGACAUGGAUAUUGGGGGACUGUCGAGGUUGACGGAGAUGGAGCUGAUUAUAUGGAUGAUGAUGCAUCAACUAAUGGUCCAAGACAAGAGAGAGAUACUAGUUACCAUGCAAGGCAAAGGAAUUCCAGGGGGUCAGCUGCUUUCCGUUUGCGCCAGCAUGGGCAUUCGUUUUCUUGGAGAGAAUCAUCAGACCAGAACUUCUUGGAUGGGGAGACUCAAGGUAGCAAGGAACAAGGAAGAGGGUCUAGCAAAAACCAGCAAAAGCAUGCUGAUACGACCAAGGUUUACGCUAGCAGCUCUUUUGUGAUUCAGGAGAUCAGUCAUCCUCAUGGGGAAGCUUAGGGGCCAAUGGGAUUGGUUCAUGCAAGCUAAUAAGUUUGUAAGAAUAGCAGUGAUGGAGGUGGGCAGAUGUAUAUAAAUCUGUUCAUUCAUCUCCAGAUAGCCAAAAGAUAGGUGUUUCCUGUUGGUAGUGUAUCUAUUAGGAAUGUCGUAGAUUGCUAAUGACUUCCUGUAAAAUCGUCCAGGAAGGUUUCAGAUAUUGAGGUGGACCAGCUGGGUAACUGUUGUUGUGUCCCGUAAUGUACAAGUACAGAUGUCUGCAAUGUUCAUUUGACUUGUUGACAAAAUGGAAUUUUAUGAUAUUUGAAACCCCGUGCCUUUGAACA